AACUAAAACGGAUCUCGCCGCCAACACUACCAAAAGGAUAUAGGAGAGCUGUGUUGAUUUUACAACUUUAAAUGUACGCGUACUUUUAAACGAAAGAGAAAACAUUUUAAUGGGACCGACAAACAAUUAGCACGUCUCUUGAUAAUACGUGGAUUUGACAGCAAUUGUUAUUCAAAGAUGUGUACAACAGAUUGGGACAGCUAGGAGCGAAGAUGACACCACACCCGGGACUUGUGGCCCCGACCCCCGGGAUUCAAUCAGACGUGGAGGAUUGUUUCUAUAUUUCGAUUUGAAUAUUCCACCAACCCGGCCUAACGAUGGCAUCCAUCGCGCGUGUUUACUUUGUACUGGAUUGAUGCUGUGGCGAGCCUACCAAGUUCACCUUUGAGUUACCGUGACGUCACUACCGGUUCAGAUGUACCUGAAUCAGCAGCCGUCCGCUACUAUGUUAAAAUACACGAUAGCAAGUGAUGAGGGGUCAUUUUCCCCCGCACACCGGCCAGACAACCCGGAUACAUAUAAUAUCAAGGAGUCGCUGGAAACAAGUGCCAAUCCAAGAACUCGAGCUAAAAUGGUUAUGAAAAAGCGUGCUAAACAUGUUCAGAAACGCGCGAGUGAGUACGCCAUGCUUCCGCCAAUCAACGGACCUCAUAAUUACCGGAAGGAAAUAGCGACGCCAUAUAUCAAUAACGCCACCUCGACACACGAGGCUCUCGAGACGCCGUACACGAACGCGCUGGGGAUUUCCCGUCUCCACGACGUAUCAACCCCAUACAUAAUGAACACACACAUAUCCAAGAUGGACGGCAUGUCUCCACUUCCUGGCCGGGAAUACACCUUAGCUGGGAAGGAACAUUUCUCAAAAAUGGGGGGUCUAGCUCAUGGGGGGACAAAUAUUGUUGAGGUCUCGCACAUGCGGCAGGACUCGUAUGCGCACGAGACUAUCACAAAACUACAGUCCUCUUCGCCAUAUAUAGAACGAAAGUCGAGGUAUGAUAGGAAACCUAACAGGUACGUGACGGAAAAAUCGGACUUGGAACGAAAUAAUUCCAAAUUACAUGUACAAAGUAAUCAAAUUGGAUUGGUAGACCGGACGGAGAGACACCGGUCACGAGUUAUCCACGGUAACGAACCUUUUUCCAUUCGGAAGAAAAUUGAACAGUUCCGACGUUGGCAUGAGGAACAAUAUAAAGAAAAAAUUAAAAAGUUAAAAGACGAGAUUGACAAUCAGUUUGAGGCUGAACAGCGGAAAAUGACAAAAUCUACAAUGAAGUCAAACAAGUCAAAGCACAGAGAGGACAGUGUAAAUAAAAACAAACCCGAGCAGAAGGUUGAGGACGGAUCCGAGGAUAGAGGCAAGGAAAAUAAAACAACAACCAAGGAAAGCACUAAAAGCCCAGACGACGGACAUACAUCAGCUCAUGCGCACAAUGACAAACAACGGAUGGAAGUUGAGGAUGUUGGCAGCGGAGAUGUCAAUGACAACGCCGGGUCGGAACACACUUGGCAUACUUGGCGUGACGUCAACGAAUCGUACGCUUAUAAUGACGUCACCAAGUAUAUCGAAGACAACGAACUCAUGACUGUCGAAAAGUUAGACUGGAUUAAAGACUGGAUAAUCGAUGUCGAGAAGAAGCUUGGCGAAUCAGACGAUGACGAUAUUUUGUGAUGUUUAUUGUGUUUAUUUUGUUCCGAGUGGAUUAUCUGUUCAAAGUUCGUUGUGAUAGCGUAUUUCGGAUGUAUUGAAAUAUCUGUGAUCAACUGCACGCAAACAACUAAGUUUGGGUGCUCAUGCUCUUGUGGAAAUUCUGUAGGGAAUAUAAAGCGACCAGUUGCAAGGUGAUCAUUCACUAGGCAAGUGGCGAUCUGGACUGAACAAUCUACAGUUCUAGUCCAUUGACCUCGUUUUGGAUUUCCUAAACCGAACCUUUCAUUUCAGCCAAAUACUGUGAUAAUUUGAAUUAUGGGUGAUUAACAACCGUCCAGGAUUCAUCUAAAACCGUCUUUCAUUCAUGUAUGUUCCAUGCUAGAGAUGUUGCCUAUGUAGGGUUGUUUCUUUCAAAACGACCAGAGAGUGAAUUCGUUCUAUAUGUCCGUUUUUAUUUCGUUUUUCGAAUAUAAAUUAAAUAUAUGUUACUGUAAA